AUGAAAAGGCCGUGUCGUUCUGACGAUCUUCGCGAGAAGUAUUUGGAGAGAAAUAACAAACAAAACAGCAUCCAAAGUACUUUUAUGCAUUCAGGACAUUAUCAAACUGCAUAUAACUGGGAGGAUGAAAAGAACAGGACGAAAGACUUUUACGAUGAUGGAACCUCCACGUUUUUCUGGAAUACUCAUACUGUGUUGUGCUUGUUCAUAUUUGCAUGUAUUCUCAUCUACGUUGCCUUGCUAGAAAAUGGCAAUUAUUCUUCCGAAUACAAUAUGAAGCGUGGUAUUAGUGCGGUUAUCAUGGUAUUUGUCUUGUUUGGAGUUUUGCAUACACCAGAUGGCCCGUUUCUCCGACCACAUCCUGCAUUUUGGCGCUUUAUACUCUGUCUUAGCAUUUUAUAUGAGCUUAUACUAGUUUUCCUGUUAUUUCAAAGUGUAGACGAUGCUCGUCAGUGGUUACGUUACUUAGACUUAGAGCUUGGUAAACCUUUGGAAGAAAAGGAUUAUGGUGGGAAUUGCCGAAUAUACGAUUGGGAUAGACCAGACAACCCAUGGCACAAUAUCAUCUCAAAAAUGGAUGGUUUCGUGACAGUUCAUUUUGUUGGCUGGUGGGCUAAAACAUUAAUCCUCCGAGAUUAUUGGAUAUGCAACGUCUUAAGUUUUGCCUUUGAAGUAUUAGAAUACUCAUUAGAGCAUCAGUUGCCGAAUUUCUCAGAAUGUUGGUGGGACCAUUGGAUCAUGGAUUUUCUAGGUUGCAACCUUCUCGGAAUUUGGUUAGGCAUGAAAACAAUCAAUUAUUUAAGCAUGAAACCGUAUCAUUGGCGAGGCAUGUGGAAUAUCCCCAGUUACAGAGGCAAACUUCGUAGAGUUAUGUUGCAGUUUACCCCUCGUCGAUGGACUGAUUUCGACUGGCGUCCGACUGGAAGUCUAAAGAGAUGGUUAGGGACUUUGGUUCUUGCGAUUGCAAUACUUACAGCAGAAUUGAAUACUUUCUACUUGAAAUUCGUACUUUGGGUACCACCUCCUCACUUUUUGUGUCUUGGACGUCUAAUCUUUCUGACCUUGAUGGGAGCCACUGCUAUUCGUGAAUAUUUUGAAUACCUUGAUGAUCCUAAAUGCAAACGAUUUGGAAGACAAGCAUGGAUGAUUUCAAGCAUUAUUAUAACUGAAUUCUUGAUAGUAAUGAAGUUUGGUUGGGACAUCAUUACUAAACCAUUUCCCAGGCACAUAUCCAUCUUCUGGUCGUUGGUUUUAAUCGGUUUAGUAUCAUGGACUUUCUGGCACUUUUAUAUUGUACCUUGGUUGUUUCGAUCGAGUCGCGUAUCGAAAACUGGGAAACCAGUAGAAGAAACUAUUCAAAAUCAUCGCGCACAGAAGGUUGAAAACCCUGUUGUUUAUAGACGUAAUGCUAGGUCAUCAGUAAAGUUGUUAAAUCAUUCAUAG